AUAUCAGAUCCUGUUCUGGUAGCCUAGGCAUCAAUGGGUCAAGGGCUGAGCAAGGUGUUAAUGCCAUGGCAUUUUCUCCUGAUCAAGGUCUGUUGCGCUCUUCUAUUGCUGCAAGGGCAGAAAAUGCUGUGAACAAUCUGCCAUUCAGCAGACUUCAUAGUUCAGUGCUAAAGCAAAACACAAUAAAUGCCAAGAUGCAGCAGCUUUCACUGAACUCUCAUCAAGGGAAAAUGCCUGCAGUUCGUUCCAUUGGUCAGGGCUUUGGCCCACGCCCUGCAGAGUUUUUGUGUCAGCAGCCACCUCCAGCAUAUGUGAACAGAGGAUCUGUUGCUAACAAUGUCACUCCUAAUGUCACCCCUGUUGCUUUCUUGAACCCGUACCAAGGUCAGCUGCUGCACUCGAUGUGCAUUUCUGGUACUAAUCCUAUACUUGCCUUGAAAGGUGGCCGCAUAUGUGAAUUCAACGGCAAAUUUGUGGACACAAUCAACUCAAGCUUGUUAAAAAUAAAUCCAGACUUGCCUGAUGCAGAAAAGCUGAUGCAGUGGUACAUAACUGAAGGGAAAUUAGCAGUUUGCACUUCUUUAUCUCAGGAAAUUUCAAGCAUGGAAAAGAUGUAUUUCCGAAAAACAGUUGCGCAGAUCAAGGAUGAGAAUAUGGGGCGAUCAGAUCAGCCAGAUUGGGUCACUGUUGAAGCUACAAUUUCACACAUCAACACUGAGAAAUUUUCUUAUCCAGCUUGCACAAGGGAGGUUAAUGGUAAGCGCUGCAACAGAAAGCUGAAAGUCAUGGAAGAAACCUUCGGUGACGAGGCGCGCGUGAAAGUCAGCAUCAUGAAGGCUGAAAGAUUGGACCACACAUCAAACAAGAGUCAUGUUUUUUAUCUUGGAGCAUUUGAUGGCCUUUGGGCGGAUGGUCGAGGCUCGGCACCUGGUGCGAAUGGUGUUGCUACUGCUGUGAACGUUGGUUUCACCAACUCAGACGCCGGACGGCAAGCUAAGGUAUCUGGCGGGAUGCCUAAUGCAGCACCAUCAGCAGCACGAUAUGCCUGCAGUACAUGUGGCUCCACUGGGCACAACGUGCAGAACUGCCCUGCAGCCAUGGAUAUCCAGCUACCACCAACAGGUUGGGACUUCACGCCGAGUUCAUAUGGCUCUUCUGCAUCCAAUGCUCGCCGGUGCUGCAAGUGCAAUCAGCCUGGGCACUGGGCCAGAGACUGUCCAUGGCAGGCCACCUCGUACGGCUCUUCUGCAUCCAAAGCUCAGUUGUGCUGCAAAUGCAAUCAGCCUGGGCACUGGGCUAGAGACUGUCCGGUGCAGGCGCCUCGCAUGGCUCUUCAGCUGGAAACGGCAACGGCAGCCUUGGUUUCUGCUUCAGAUGUAAUCAGCUUGGGCACUGUCCUAGUGACUGCCCAGCCCCCUACUCCUUUGCAGGUGCUCAGGCUAGUGCCCCUCCCGCGGCAGGCUGCGCCGCAUCAGGAGGAUGCCUAUGUUGGCCGGAGAGUGUCACAGUGCCGACCACCAGUGAAGGAACUCAGCGACGGUGGUGAGGGAGGAGAGGAGGACAUCCAAUUGCAGGUGACGGAGGCGAUCAAGGAGCUCGAUGACGAAAGAAUACAGAUAUGA